AGUUUUUGGGCUAAUCGAAGUCGUCUCCGGCGAAUUACACUUUUCAAAACCAUUCUUUCAAGCUUUUCAUCAAACGAGUCGCGAACUAUUGAGAGACGCAUGCCGAUUAGAAACAAGGCUGCCAAAGACAUAGUCGAUGGCUCUCUUCCUCAGCGGCCAGAUUGCUAUGAAGGGGAACGUCUCGUUCGUGUGCUUAAAUCAAUCCAAAGAGGGGUAGAGUCAGCAAGAGUAUUGGCUGGAAACUCCUUGCCUGAAAAAAUAUGGCUUAAGCAACAAUUUGCAAUUGGUAUUAAUGAUGUGACACGUGUACUUGAACGGAUGGCGCCCAUUGCUGACAAGGGAAGCUCUGCUCAAGCCCCUUGCCUUAGGCUUCAGGCCAUUUUGUUAGCUGCUGAUUGCAAUCCACGGUGGUUAACGAAGCACCUGCCAACCUUGGCUUCAUCAAGAAAGGUACCAUUGAUCUUUGUUAAAGAUAAUAAAAAGGGGUCUUUAAGAUUGGGUGAGCUCGUCAAGCUAAAGACAGCCAUUGCAAUUGGAGUGAAGGCUAAAGGAAAUGCAAUCAAUCAGAUAAUCGAGGAAAUUCUUGAUGGUGAUGAAGUGAAUGAUGGAGCAUUGCUUGAAGUCCAUUGAGAUGCCUUGGCGACAAUGUUUAGUAACCUGCCUGCCAAUUACUUGCCCUCAGAGUAGAAUGGAAUCGAUGACCCAACUUAACCAGGGGUUCACUACUUGGCAAAGUUGGAAAUGCUUGGCUGUAAAUCCUGAGAGCUCAUUUUCCCUGGUUAGAUGUCUGAUGAGGUAAUUCUUGACGGCGGUUGUAAAUGAAGGCGUCUAUUCUAGAAUUAUUAACUUUUAACUUACAGAAAUAGAUACUAUUUUGCCA